AUGUUCGGACUUUUGUACAAUUUCUACAAGUUCUGCAAGAAGAAAUCGGAGCGCAAGAUAACACUUGCACUUUUAGGCCUGGAUAACGCUGGAAAGACUACUUUGCUGAACACUAUUAAAGGCGAGGUGCAACAAGUGACAAGUCCAACUUUUGGCUUCAAUAGCUCAACGUUACAGGAGGGCAAAUACAAAAUAGAAGUCUUUGAUUUAGGUGGAGGAAAGACUUUUCGAAGUGUAUGGUCUAAGUAUCUGGCGGAAGUCCAUGCGAUUGUCUACGUCGUGGACGCGGCUGACUCGCAACGCUUUGAGGAGUCCAAGAAGGCCCUCCAUGACGUCCUGGAGUGCCAUUACAUGCGUGAAAAAGCAAUCCUUGUCUUCGCCAACAAGCAGGAUUUGCCAACAGCGUCUACAGCAGCUGAAGUUGUCAAAGGUCUUGGCUUGGCGACCUGCCGGAACAGCCACAACGUGUUUCCCUGCACUGCAAAAACCCCAGCGGGAACUGCGGUAGAUGAGCGCUUGCGAGAAGGGCUCCGCUGGCUCACCGGUUUCAUAGACCGUGAGUAUGGCCGGUUGAACUCUCGGGUGGAAGCCGAGACGCAGGAGGUGCGCCAGGAAGAGGCACGCAAGAAGAAGGAGCGGGAUGAGCGCUUGAGGCGGCAGCGCGAAGAGCGCUUGCGGCAGCAAAAGGAGGAGGAGGACCGCGCCCGGGAGGUGGAGAAAGAGAACGCGCUGCACAAUGGGCAAGGCCCGGCGCUUCUAACGUUGCCCGUCAACGGCCAGCUGGAGCCGCAGGAGGCGCCGGAGCCGUUGGUGCCGCAGCAAGCUGGGGAGAAAGUCCAGGCACUACAUAAUGGGGUUGCACUGGGCUUGCCACACACGAUAGAGAGGUAG